AUGUCCGAACUUACCCUCUCCACCCCGCUGUGCAAGGCACUGGGAAUCAAAUACCCCAUCAUCCUCGCUGGGAUGGCGCGCGCUUCUGGGGGUCCGCUUGCGGCUGCUGUCUCGAAUGCCGGGGGGUUGGGCUGUGUCGGUGGGCUCGGAUACACGCCAGCCCAGUUGCAGGAGAUAAUCGACGACCUCAAAUCAAACCUAACUGACAAAUCUCUCCCCUUCGCCAUCGACCUCGCCCUCCCAAAGGUCGGUCCGGGCGCCCGAAAGACAAACUACGACUACACGCACGGACAGCUUGACGAACUCAUCGAAGUAACCGUCCGCAACGGCGCGAAACUCUUCGUCUCCGCCGUCGGCGUGCCCCCCAAACGGGUCAUUGACCGUCUGCACGCUGCCGGAAUUCUUGUCAUGAAUAUGGUCGGGCACCCGAAGCACGCGGAGAAGGCGCUCCAGGCGGGCGUUGAUCUUCUCUGUGCGCAGGGGGGCGAGGGCGGGGGGCAUACGGGGAAUAUCGCGAAUAGUAUUCUAAUCCCGGCUGUUGUUGAUGUUGCGAGGAGGUAUCGUUCGCCGCUUACGGGUGAGCCCGCGAUGGUUGUUGCAGCGGGGGGGAUCCAUGAUGGGCGUGGACUGGCGAGUAGUCUUAUGCAGGGAGCCAUGGGCGUCUGGGUUGGGACGCGCUUCCUCGCGUCGCAGGAGAGUGGUGCAAGUAACCUGCACAAAGAGGCUGUUACAACGGCUGGCUUCGACGAUACAGUCCGCACGCUGAUUGUCUCUGGUCGACCGCUCCGCGUCCGUGUGAACGAUUAUGUUCGGAAGUGGGAGGAGGGGCAGCCGGAGAAAAUCCGCGAGCUCACAGACCGGGGGAUUAUUCCAUUGGCGUAUGAUGAGGAGAAUGGGGUCGAGACGGAUCGGCCGUUCCUUAUGGGCCAGGUUUCAGCCGUUAUUGGGGACCUGCCGCCGGCGGGGAGCAUCGUCGAAGGGAUGGUGAAGCAGGCGGUUGAGCAGUUGAAGGUCGGGGAAGGGUAUUUGAGGCCGCAGGUGAGGUCGGCGUUGUGA